CGUUUUCGCACGCGUCCGAUUGAUCAUCAUCGUCAUCGUGCCCUCGCGCGAGUCACGUAGUGUCAUGGAGUGAAUGGAAUUUCCUAUUUCUGUUUCUCGUGUUGUGAGAGAUCGGCUGGUGUCGUCCGGAGGACAAGCCCGGUCGUCUCGCUCAUCGCGGCGCGCUACGAGAAGAACUAUGCCCAAGGAGUCCGAUGCCUGUUCCUGGAUUCUUCGCCGUCGUGGCGAAACCGUGGCUACUUUUAGCACGCCUCCUCUGAAUCUCCAUCCCCGGCUUGCUUUAGGCCACUUGAGGCCAUCGUGCGGGGGAGUGGGCCUGGCGAUCUGGUGAUAAGCUUGUCGUGAACGCGACAACCCCAGCAGGGUCCUAGCGAUAGCACAUGUUGUCCUAUUUUGAAGCGCUACGCAGAUCAAAUCAGCAGUGUCGCAUCCCACAAGACCCAUCCCACUAUCGUGGGAUGUCGAUGUCAGCUUCUGGGAGCUCUGUCUGACAGGGGUGGAGUGUUGUUUUCAAACUUAUGGAUCCUCUUGAGGAUAACAGAUAAAGUCUUGGAAAUGGCUGCAGUAAAAUUGGGACUGCAAGACAAAAAGGACUUAGACACCUUCACCAAGUUCCUUGCACUGAAAGCUGCUCAGAUCAUUGUUCAGUCUCGCCUGGGAGAGAAAGUACAUACAAAGUGCAAGCCCCAUUCAUCAGGAACGGAUUGGUUCAAUUUGGCAAUCAAAGAUUUACCUGAGGUUUUGUCAGAAGCGAAAAGAGUACUUUGUGGUGAAGUUGCCACAGCUCGCCUACCGCUUUGUGUUGAAAUUUCCCUGAAGACUGUGGAAGGGGACACCAUGAUGUUAGAAACAUGGUGUUUAGGUAUGCUGCCUGAUCACUGUGAUCCUUCGGUCAGAGUAACCUACACUGUUUAUAAUAGAAUGAGUAUUCUGUUAAAAUCAUUAGUAUCAGUGACAAGAUGUACCCCUGCCUACAAAUUGUCUCGAAGGCAAGGUCCAGACUCUUUUGUUAUCUGUUAUCGGAUUUAUGUGGGUGAACCUCAAUUUCACAAUUUAGGGGAGGGGUAUAGCCAGGUUCGCGUUGGCCAGCUGAGUACCCCUGUCGGUACCCUGCAGUUGUCAGUUGCAUAUCGAACGAAAAUGACAAUUAGCCCUCAGCAUACGGGACGAGAUACAUCAAUUAUGCUGAAAUCAGAUCAUUUCAGACCAGACCUGAGUCCUCGAAUCGUCACUCGAAGAGAAAGUGUUGCAAGCUCACUGUUGAAUACAGAGGACAAUACUACCUCACUUAGUGAAACUAUUAAAGUGGGUGCAUUUGCUGACAACAGCAGGCCCACUGCACCUUCUGGAGAUGUUGAUCUGGUUUUUCCAGAUGUUCCUUUUAGUAGCUUACUUUUGCCUAGACAACAAUCACCUCCUCAGGGCUCACCAUUACAAAUGCCUGUGUUGACAACACAGUUCUCUAAACAAGAGGCUAUCACUAACACUGCAAUCAAUACUCCUCUCCCAGAUGAUAAUUCUGAAUUGAGUAGUGAUUCAAACGGAAAUGUUACACCUCGAGCAGUCUCAGCAUCAAACUCUCGUCGAUCAAGCUGUUCUCUCGCUUCUGCUAAUGAAGACUUCAUUAUGGUAGACUUGAAAACUCCUUUUGCUGGCAGUAAUGCAAACAGUGAUUUAGGAGCAUUUUACAGAGAAUGUCAAAGUGCUCCUCCUCUACGGACAUUUCAGGAAGUUCCUACCCUUGCUCAACAAGUAGAAGAUUUAACAGAACAAUUGGAAGCAUUUGAAAGCAAUAUGGCUGAGUAUGAAGAGGUACUCGGCCAAUUAUGUCCUCAGACUCAAACAGAUGGCAAUUAAAGUUGUGAUUUGGUUGACAUUAAUGGACUGAGGUUGAUGAUCACCAAGUGUCUUUCAACUAACCUUUUUAUCUGAUUUAAAUGGAAUGAUCAGAUAAUAUAAUUGUUGUUUCAUCCUCAGAAAUUGCAACAGUUUCCAAACCAAUUCUUCUAGUAGACAAUUGUUUAUGUGCCAAGGACCAAGCCAAGGUGUAUUAGGGAGCUUUAUAUUAAUUUUAUAUUGCAGUUUAGAAGAUACUGCAGCAAACCUCGAUAGAAUAAGACUCUGAAUUGUCUAAAUUUGGUGAGCUUUAAGGGCCCGAAUAUGCUACAUGGUGACUCCACUUUGUAUCAGAAACGCUGCUAUAUAACUGGUGCUUUUUCUUAAGAGUUUUGUUAAGGGGACAUUCAUACAUAUUAUGUGACCUUCUGAUGUCAUGAAAACCCUGCACUACACCAGACUUUCAUAAAUGCAUGCCAAGUUUUAUAAGUAUCACAUUGUAUGAGAACCUUCCCAAUAGAGAGGUUCAGUAGAACAAAGUUUCAUCUGACUGUUGAAAUCGAAAUAUUUUGAUCUAAUAUAUUUUGCUACUCAAUAAUUUCCAAAUUCCUACUCGAAGUUUUUUAAUCCUUUGUGCUAGCAUGCUGCUGUUUUCUAGUUCAAAAAGAUUGAUUGUGAAGUGUUUCUUAAGCCUGUCCAGCAGUUUGGCAAAAUAAUUUCUACUUAAUAACUUCCCACUUAGUUUAAUUGCAGCAUAAUCAAUGUACAUACAGUGCCUUCAAGGUCGAAUUUUAUGAGCCUAGGUAUAAGGGAGGUCUGAUUGGCUCAACUUAAAUUUAGGAAUGCCUUAAACUGCACAUAACAAUUGUGUUUUUUUUUUGUAGUGUUUUAAUACUCUGAUUUAGACUUAGAUUGAAGACUGAGAAAGCGGCAUUUGUUACAUCAAGCUUCUUUGCUUAAGCCUAAAUUUUAAAUGCUUUUCUGAGUAAUUUACAACAAAUAUUGUCUUGCAUUCUAUUUACAUCAUUUUUCAUGGUGCAUUUUUGAAUGCACAAACAAACUUCUAGUCUUAUUAUCUAAAGUCACUGAUUUCUGUGAAUACAGCUGGAUGAGUUUUGACAAAGUAGUUGGCUACCGAAAGUACCGAAUGGACUGUAAUCUGACUGCAACAAUGUAUUUGUGAAAAUCGCUGCUUUACUGGUGGUGGAAAAUGUAUGUUCAAGGCUGUUUUAUGGAGGAUUUUUAAGAUGUUUCAUCCUAUAUCAUAUUUGAUUCUUUGAAACCAACUUAAUUUGGCUAUCAAUCAAGUCAAUUUAUGUAUUUUGGAUGUAAUUUAGGAAACCAGGCUUCUAACCAAUUUAAUAAACUCACCUGGUUUGUGAUCUUCUAUUUGGUUUGCCAAAGCAAUGGUCAGUGUGAGCUUGGCUGUCAAUAUUUGGGGACACAAGUUUUUAAGGCAAAAGCAGUAAGUGGUAUUAUAGCUGCUAUGAAGUAGUUGUAUAUAUCACCUAUAACAGGCGCAUUGUGGUGAGCAUUUAUGUGCGCAGGGAUUCAUUACUGCUGUUAUUUUAGGAGAUUCUGAACAGAAAGUCCCUUUUUUCCUUAUUGAGAAACACAUGCAUCUUUGACUGAAAAAUAUGGCACCAAUUCUGUUCUAAACAAGAAGUCUUACCUCACCAUUUCUUUCUUUUUAAAAAAAAUUGAAUACCUACUUCAUAUUUUUAACUUAUCUUGUGUGUGUGGGUUCCAUGUUGGAUUGAGUGAGAUUUUUGCUGAAGUGCCCACUCUAGGACUCUACCUUACUCAAGUAACUUCUAGCAUCUAUGCUUAAAUGGCAGUCUUUCUCCACAGCCUUAUCUCUCCGUCAUGCAUUUUAGUUAACCAAUAUGGAAAAGGGCAGUCGUUAAUGAAACAUUUGUUUGUGCAACAAAUCUUCCAUUCUUAGUUUACACCAAUUUUAGUCUUACCGAAUUAUGUUAAAGCAUUUUUCACCGUGAAGCUUGGUGUUGUAAGCGUGUACACAGCUGUUACCAGGCCCUGUCUUAUUUGGUGGUUAUUUGUCUCAUGAGUUUUCAUAUGAGUGCAGAGAUCUCUUUUGUCAGUUCUCCAGAUUACUUUGUAAAAUCUAAUGUUGUUACAUUGUGGAACCAUCCAUCGUGGUUAAUUAAACUUCUUGGGAUUUUUUCAA